CGCUACUGUCCAUAGCCUACAGCCCUAAUAGCCAAGUUUCCCAUAAUUCCGCAUCCCUGUCCCGAAUUCCCGGGGCCGGUCCAGACACCCCAUAAACAUUUGACAAUCCUUACUAAACAAACCACCGUUUUUGGUGGCUGAUAUGGCAGGUGAUAGUUCGUUACUGUAUACUAGUAGACCACUACUACAUAACUAGGUUGACAACUCAUCUGCAAACUCCAAUCCCACCGUUUCAAAUUCCCUGCCUCGAUGGCAAAUCGUGAUCUCGGGGAUAGACAACGAAUAGAAUCAACCCAACCGUGUAGGCUGUGUCGGGCGAGAAACGUCUAUCCGAAUCAGACUACACAUACAUCUACAUUUCCUCGAUAUCAAAACCACAAACCCCCGAUCAAGCAUCAAAGAGACAAAUAUGGCAGACACUGAAACCCUCCUCGCCAUCCUACGCACCCGCCGCGUCAACACCCUCACCGAACUCCGGCGUAUCGAACGUAUCCUCGUUCCCGUGAACCAAAACACCAUCAGCAGCGAGGUAAUCGAGCCGUUGACGAACGCAUGGCUGCACUACGUGCAUAGCAACAACCUACUCAGCGAGCUACGCAACCUGACCCGCUCGUACCCAUUCAGCUCCGAGCUACUAGAUGAAGCUAAGAUGAUGGUUACCGCGGAUCCUGAGAGUGGACGGAGUUGGAGUUUUGCGUGGUUGGGGUUGAAAAAGAUUGAAAGCAAAGGUCUUGUCGAAAAAUAUGCAGGUGCCCUGGCUAGAAAUCCAGAUAUGUGGGGAGGCAAGUUGCCGUCAGACGACAAAAUCGCAAUGUUGGAGGAGAAGUGCAAGGAGGAGUGGACGCGGGCGGUACGGCAGAUGUUGAGGCACUGGGAGACCGAUCCGGUGAUUGCGUAGUUAGAUACAUACUGUACUAUUAGCUUGUAUAGAAUUCAACAACAGCAAUUUGAUGUA